GCGGGCGGGGCCGCGCCGGGCGCCCCGGGAGCGGGGCCGGGACGGGAGCCCCACCAUGUCCAAGCUGCUGCCGGCUCAGGAGGCAGCCCGGAUCUACCAUACCAACUACGUGAGGAAUUCGCGGGCCAUGGGAGUGCUCUGGGCCCUCUUCACCCUCUGCUUCUCCAUCCUGAUGGUGGUGACCUUCAUCCAGCCGUACUGGAUCGGCGACAGCAUCGACACGCCGCAGGCCGGCUACUUCGGCCUCUUCUCCUACUGCAUCGGCAACGCGCUCACCGGGGAGCUCAUCUGCAAGGGCAGCCCCCUCGACUUCGGCACCAUCCCUUCCAGUGCCUUCAAAACUGCCAUGUUCUUCGUAGGCAUAUCCACCUUCCUUAUAAUUGGCUCCAUCCUCUGCUUCAGUCUCUUCUUCUUCUGUAACGCAGCCACCGUCUAUAAAGUGUGUGCCUGGAUGCAGCUGGCAGCAGCUACUGGACUGAUGAUUGGCUGCCUGAUCUACCCCGACGGCUGGGACUCGAGCGAGGUGAAGCGCCUGUGUGGGGACAAGACAGACAAAUACACACUGGGUGCCUGCACCGUGCGCUGGGCCUACAUCCUCUGCAUCAUUGGCAUCCUCGACGCUCUCAUACUGUCCUUCCUGGCCUUUGUGCUGGGGAACCGGCAGGACAACCUCCUCCCAUCCGAUUUCAAAGUGGAAAAUAAAGAAGAGGGAAAUGACUGACAGAGCUCAUUACCAUGGAGACCCAGAGCUCUUCUUUCAUCAGCUCUUUUCUUUAAAGUGACUUUUCUAGGAGAUUUAAACUUCUGUGGAUUUUCUACAACUGUUUUCUUCACCCAUGGGGCUGCUCUUGGCUCACAGCACUCAUGGAGUUUAUUUGAUGGGAAGAGCCCAAACUGGACAUGGGGUUUUUCUGAGUCCAUCAAUAAGAUGGGUCCUGGGCAAGAGGGGAAUGACAGUGAUUUGCUGCUUUUUUUGUGGGGUUUGUACACCUUCUUUCAAGAAAAUUACUUAUGAAUAAAAAGUAAAAUAAAAA